UUGUUUGCUACAUCAAGUAGUUCUGACAUGUAGCGAUGACCUAGACAGGGAAACAGAGGGUCAGUAGUAUUUCAAUUUUAUGGAGAGCAUACCUUAUGGUUAUGUUGUCAAUCUUAUCCCUAGCCCUUGUCUGGCCGAGUUCAAUAUUAGUUAACCCACGGGUAUUAUCUCACCUGAGGCUCCCACGUUAUCAGGCGCUGUGUCCAUAUCGUAUUACCUUCUUGACAAAUUAUCAGCAUCAACACCAUAUGCAACAGUUUAUCUUGACAACUUCUUGCUUCUUCACCACACGAACUCUCUCCGAACGUCGUUUCCCCGGUCUCUCACCUAAUCUUACUCCUUAUCAUAGGCUAUAUAGUUCGUGCCAUUCGCAUGACACCUCAGUACUCAGUACUCAGUAUUGUUCUAUGUGACUUACUGAGCGUGUUUUCCGCUAGCGCGUAUAAUUCCCUGCCAGUACGAAUAUUUCGCCAAGGGCCUUUCUGGCGACACAACCUAGUGCCAGUUGUUUCUAUUUUCAGGUGCCGGUGGCUAGGGCCGUGCUUAUUUCAGAUACCCACAUGUUGGAAUUCUACCCCGAAGCGAGAGAGGCCUAGGCUGCUGAUUGAUGCCAACGGGUGUAUCAG